CGUCAGCUGUAGGCCUACGCUUUCGCAAUUGCGCAUGCUUAUCGCCAUUUGUUGCGUCGAUUUGUCGUAGUCUUUCAAAUUCUAUCACAGUUCUGUUGUUCUUACAAAUGACAGAAGCUCAGUCGGCACUUCUUUUAAGAAAGCAAUUAGCCGAACUAAAGAAGAAUCCAUCCGAGGGAUUUUCAGCAGGACUAAUAGAUGACAACGAUAUAUACAAAUGGGAGGUGCUGAUUAUUGGACCACCCGAUACACUUUAUGAGGGUGGAUUCUUUAAGGCACAUCUCUAUUUUCCAAGGGAAUAUCCUCUCAGGCCGCCAAAGUUAAAGUUUAUAUCGGACAUAUGGCAUCCAAACAUUGAGAAGAACGGAGAUGUGUGCAUAUCGAUCCUGCACGAGCCAGGCGACGACAAGUAUGGCUACGAGAAGGCGUCCGAGCGCUGGCUGCCGAUCCACACCGUCGAGACGAUCAUGAUCAGCGUCAUCUCUAUGCUAGCCGACCCGAACGACGAGUCACCGGCGAACGUCGACUCAGCGAAGGAAUGGCGGGAAGACUACAAUGGUGAAUUCAAACGAAAAGUGCAGAUGAGUGUUAGGAAAAGUCAAGAGGAAGCGUGGGACUAAUUUGGGGAUACAAAAUCACAUAUGUAAUUUUGGGAUAUAAACUGUCUACCAACUCUCGCUUGGAAAGAAGCAAGCGACUUAAUUCACGUACGAAAUGGCACCACCGCAUGCCGACGUUCGACGACAUUUUUCUCCGAAGAGCUGCAGACGCCCGGACGCCAUUGGCUGCAGUGACGGCACUCGUGGAUCACUGUUCCGUUGCUAGGUUAUGCAUCUCUAAUUAACGUGAAUGGUGACAGGUGAGAUGUCACCGGCCAGUGGCCGCUGGGAGGCUGGCUAGCUCCCUCCCCCUUCCCCAUCUCUCCCUCUACUUAGUUCAGCCUCACCUCUAACCUAGUCGUGCUCACUGCACUAACUCAUGGUACUAAUCUCACUAAUCCUGUCAUCACGGCGGCAGUGGCGGCAGCAGUUGUCAUGGUAACGCACGGACGAGAACUCGCUUUUUUCAGUUAAAAAUCAAAAAUGAACAAAAUGAAAUAUAAUUGAGAUUUUUCUCGUAGAGAGGGGCGGGGGGGUUUCAACGCGGAAGCCUCCCCACUGGUUACCUGUCGGAUGAUGCAUCGUCGUGACAACGGAUACGUCUGACUGGCGUUACCUUGUGUGCGUGGAUGUUGUGGGGGAGAGGGUAGCGAAGCAUGUAGUCUACGCAUCAGUGGGCGGUCAACACUGGUUGUCACUGACUCGGUUUGUAGUGGUGUGUCGUGCUCCCGUCUCAACCUAGGUUAGGCGGUUUUCUUAUUCAGAGUAGCCAUCAGAAAUGGGAGUGGAUGCGAUUUCUAGGUAUUAGUGGGUGCAGACGAAUUUUCCACCUCGACCUCCUCCCAGAAGAAGAACCUGAUCAGAUUAUAUAAUAAUGUGUCACGCAUAUACGGAGUCUGUUGCUGAUCUCGUGGUCAUGCCACUAGCUUUAAACCUUGACCAAUGGUCCGAGACCCCGCGCACGACUAUGCAGUGUUAAUCGUUAUGCACUAGGAAGGUGGAUGGCUUGUGGUUGGUGGUUUCUUCUGAGGUGCACAGUCAGUCGCACGACCCUCCUUCACACGGCUAAGUAUUUGCAAUAGCUACCGCAAUCUAUUAUCUGACAUCCGAAGUAUUUGGUGAUGCGUCGUUAGUGAUGGUGACGGCUGGAAGGAAUGUGGGAGGUGCUGCAGUGUAAUAUAUAUGACAGCUAUGGUGUAACAAAAUGUGAAUUAGAAACUGUUUUUUGCUAUAAAAGUUAAAAGUGGAAUAACUAAAAUGGGUCCCCUCUAAAAGGAAUUGACCAUUCUCGUAUUAACCUGGCAUAUAUAUUAUUAGCUCUGCUGUUCACAUGAGUGUUACCUGACCUGUUGUAAAUAGUGAAUGAGUUGUUUCUCUCGCUGAUGUUUUUUCCACAAUUAGCAUAGGUGUUCAGAUGCUCUUGCUGCAAGUCGCAAUAUCUAACGAACUCCGCAAUUCUCCCUCCUCCCUAAUGCCGUGCGCGCGGUGUCUUCUAAUCAACUGAGCACGCAUUGACGACGUGCCGUCAUAAUCGCCCGUCCCCGGCUCUGCUCCCGGCCCCUUCCCCAGCCCCUUCCCGUCUCUGCCCCGCCCCUCCCCUGGCCCCUCCCCCGGCCCAUCCCCCGGUCCUUCCUGUCUUCUGUUGCUAAUCCACGGUAGUGUGGAUUAGGUUUCGCUCUUCGUUUGCAAGGUGAUGAGUGGUCUGCCAUGCAGACUCGUUUUUUGUAAUAUAGUCCCGGCCUUUCGUUCGAGCGCCACUGUAGCCGCCGCCGCCAUUGCCGCUGUGUGGAUCAUAGCUCGUCGUGGAUCAUAGCUCGUUGUUUGACUGUUGCGCGUGUUUUCCCUCUGGCGGAGGUGAGGCGUGCGGCUGUGCAGCAAGAUCACAUCGGCGAAACCUUCGUGCGAUUUCACUAACACUUGUUUUCGUGUCGACUCGACAUUGUGUGCCUGCGACGUGCCUUGCUUCCCCUGUGUGGAGCGUGCGCGUGCGGGGGGAAUUGUCUUCUUUGUUUUGCGCGCGUUUCCAGACAGCAUUGAACUUCAAUGAGUCGGCUGUCUGGGCUAAUCACGACGAUGAGGAGGAGGAGGGGGAGGAAUCGCCACGUCGCAAGUAUCGCAAUCGCGUAGCAUUAGCGUUUGUUUGUGCGUGCUCGACAUUUGCUGCGUUCGUUUCGGUAGCCAUUGCAAUUUUCUUGUGGGUUUCUUCAACAUGUAGACGUAGUUCUGUUGAUUGGGUAAAGAAAAAGGCAGACGUUAACCCUGGGAUCCGAUUUCUCGAUAAAGACCCAAAAGACGUUUUACCUCGAUUUGCGUUUCAGAUUCGUAAGUUAUUCGACGCUGUGUUUGGUGAAUAUUUAGUAGGCACGUGAUCAAUAAUAGACUCAAUGCAUCCUAUUUUGAGAGAGGCGGAGCAUGUAAGAGCUUACGAGAGUCUGACGCUGUAGGCAAUUGUAUUUCUAAAAAAACGGUGCAAAUACGUAAUAAGGACUUGCAGGUGGCAGCACGUGCCGGAACCGAAUUUUAUCGUGUGCAUGACUCAUGUUCGUGGUAGGAGGCAAGGGAGUGCUAGAUUCACCGGGUGCUAUGAAAGCCAACCAAUAUGCUAUAGUGUCCACACACCCUCCUCCCCUCUCUCUCCCCCAACCUCCGUGUUGCUCCCUACACGCGGUCCCCGUGUGCAAGCUCUGUGUUCGUUUACGGUUUUGAUGCUUCUCUUUUUUAACACGUCCCUGAUUUUCACAGCGAUCGCGUUCAGGUUUGUGCAGAGACACUGACAGCCCUCCGUUCUGUUGAAUAUCUAAUUCGCGCGAUGACUAGCUCCCCCUACCGGCAACAUGCUGGCAUCGCUCCAAGGGUUUCAUGUGCGGUUAAUCUGUAUGUGAGUAUAGAUAGUGAAGACUAAGAUCAACAAUGCAUUAGUCGUACACGUUAGCAGGUCCACACGUGUAGCGCUGUUUGCUGCGUGGAGCCGGCUGCGUGUUCUACUAAUGUUCUAGCUUACUGUCCUACUCGUACAUUGGUUUGGUUUCGCGGUGCGUGAAUAUGGAAAGUUUUCUACUUGUUGGGUUCUACCACUGGGCACAUGGAGUUGCGCGUACAUGUCGCGUGACAUACAACCUAGAGUGUGUUCGCUUCCGUUGAGUGCGUUUGUGUUUUCGUUUAAUUCUUCUGCUUCUCUUUCUUCUUCAUCUGUAGUUACUCUUCACGUAACGACUGGCCAUAUCCGUGUCAAAUCGACGGAUAUCAAGUGGAAAAAAUAUAUCGACAAACUAUAAUAUACACAGACUUGAUUUUGUAAUAAUUUUAUUCGGUAAAAUAAACCGACUAUUUACAGAAAAAAGAA